UUCCUCUCAUGUUCUUAUCUCUUUCCGUUUCCCAGUCACCCACCAUAUGUAAGAUAUAACCCUAUCACUCCCCCAUUCUCAGAUCUUAUACAAACACAAACUUUUUUUGUAAAAAAUAAAAUAAAAUAAAAUGGAGGAUCUUCUUGGUGAAAACCCUCAUAAAAGAUUGAUAAAAGAACUUGUUGAAGGAAAAAGUUUUGCAAUCCAACUUCAAAGUCUACUUAAACAGCCUAUUGAACACAAUGAUGGGGGUUCAGUCUCAGCUGACGAACUUGUUCUCAAAAUCUGGGGUUCUUUCACUCAGGCUAUUACUGAGUUAAAUACUUUGAGUAAUUCCAAGACUAGUACUUUAGCCCAGAACCAGAUCGAGGAAGUUGAUCAACCCGAUUCGGGUGACCAACGGUCUAGUUCUGAAUUGAAGAAGAACAAGAAGAAGCAAGACCGGAGAGGUUGCUACAAGAGAAGAAAAACCUCAGGUUCAUGGAUGAGAGCAUCUGAAACAAUGGAUGAUGGUUGUGCAUGGAGGAAAUACGGGCAGAAGAAUAUACUCAAUUCAAAAUAUCCUAGGUGCUACUAUAGGUGCACCCACAAGUACGAUCAAGAUUGCCUGGCCACAAAACAAGUUCAAAUAAUCCAAGAAAAUCCAAUAAUAAUGUACCACACCACAUACUUUGGCAAUCACACUUGCAAUUCAACAAAGAUUCCAAGGCAUAAAUAUAAUUCACAAUUCAAUCAUGCUAUGCUGGAAGUAAAGCCAAAAAUCCCUAGUAGUGGUUCAACAGUACUACUGAAAGAAGAAAAAGAAGAAGAAGAAUCCAAGGGACAAAGUGAUAAUGCAUCAUCAAUUGUGGAUUCUAACUUAUGGCAAGAUUUUAUGCCUUCUUCUCCCUCUGCUCAUGAUUCCACCUUGGCUGCUUAUAAUUCUUCUUAUUUUGAAGAAGUCAUCCCUUGUCAUGACAUGGAAGAUUUUGUUAAAUUUGGUGAAUUUGAGGCCAUUGAGUUUUGUUGAUAUCUUGUUAGUAUUAAUCCUUAUGGCUAAUGUUGUAAAAUAAAAUCUUUCACUAUGUUGUUGUAUUACUUUGGCCAGCAAGGACUUAUUUUGUCAAUGCUUCAUAUGAAGAGCAGCCUAGUUGUUGUUGAUCUGGUCCUUUCGCAGAAUGCCAUGUGAGAGAUUCACCAAUGAUAUGAAGCAAUGAGGAGGCAUAAAGUUCCUCACAAGCAUUUCCAAGCACAAAUUGAGAUACUGCCCUCCAGGUUAUAAUGAAUUCCAUCACAGCAUCCAUUACAUCAGUCCCAUAGUUCCACAUGCUCGUUUUUAUUGUAGGUGAAACAAGAGAUUCAUGAUGAAUAACGUCGAGAGAAAAAAAUGAUCCUAACAAAGGAUUUAAAGCUGUCACUUUUUGGGCCACCUUAUCAGGAUCGUGGUCAUUACAUUCUAUAAUUAGACGUAGCUCCUCAUAAUGUUUGGUAUCACCCUGGAGAGCAGACUUGAGGGCGUUUGUAACAUAAGAGAAUAACUUUGAAUCUGUAAGCUCGAUUGCUAAUUCCAUUCUUAUUAUGUUUGAUACAAUUCCUCCAGAAGUUGUACAGCAACUAUUGUUGCCUUCACCCGUGUAAAACGUUUGUGGCAAUUGUUUCUCUUGAGGAAGAUAAUCUUCAGAGGCAUUCAAUGAUGCCAUUGAAUUUGUUUCUCUCCA